CGACUCUGAAAAGAGAAUGCUUAGCACCUCAUAUCUUGCUUUGGCAGACACUCUGGAGUCAGUGUAUUGUCUAGAAUUCGUUAACCCUCGCUUAAAUGGCCACAUUCUAAAUGUGUCAUGGAACAGUAAUAGUCCGCUACAACUUGCCUGCUGGAUGCAGUUUAAUAGUGGAGUGAAACCUUUGCGGUGGGCAGACGUAGGGUUUGAAGCCAAUGUGAUGUCGUUGAAACCCCUUUGGUGUUGUUGAAACCCUUGUGAUGUUGCUAAUGAUCGCGUAUCGUUACUGAUCAACGCAAGAAAGAUAACAGAGUACAAUUUUAUUUCACGAAAUCAAUGUGGUCAAGCCAAGCCGGGUUGUGCUAGCUCUUUACUCUAUCGGCUGGUGGCGAUUUGGUAGCUGCAGCCUUCAAAAGGUCAUCAAAAUCUGUGACUGGCUAUCUCUGUAGGAAUUCACAGAGUUUCACAGCGCAUCUAACCGAACAUGGAUUGUCAUAAGAAAGGGACUUUAAGCCCCUGUUUGUUCCUCUUGUUCGCUCUAAUUAUCACAUCAAAUCGCCAAACUGCAGCGAAAGAACAACAUAAAGGUAAACGGCUGAAGACAGAACUCAACACUCGACACAAUGUAUCAGACAAUUCAACUCAAUUCCGACCUUUGAACUUCAGUAACAGUAAAUUGGACUGGGAAGGAGGAUCGUUUCCAUACGAGGAUAAUCCGCAUCAGGACAACGACAAUGUAUUUUAUGACCGCGCGGUUGUCGUCGCGCCAAUUGUUGGGUCGGUAUUCAUUAUAUUUUUGGUCGUUAUUGGCGUCUAUUUGUUGCGGCAAUACGAAAUUGUGGACCUACCGCACGGCAAGGACGUCGAAGCGCUUUGCGAGCAUUGCUCACGGACACGAACUUCGGGAAUUCGAUACAAAAUUCAGAAUUAUGUAAUGAGGAUUUUCGACGUUUCGAACGCGAAACAAGAGGCGUAUUUCGUUCAAAUGGAUCCAAGAUCAAGGACUAUUGGUGAAACCAUUGAAGCGCGUGAGACCCUCGUUUAAUACGCAGAUUUCUAUAUCUCCUCGUUAGGAUGUAAGUUAAAAUGCAGUUACCCGCAGAAUGGAUAAUGGUGUUUAGAUUGGAUGACAAACGAAGAAAAGUGUCGAUAAAAUUGGAUGGUUUUGUUACUAGAAAAUAAAAUCCGUAAAUCACCAUCUUGGCAGUUCUUAGCCUAGCUUGGCAUGAAAGAAAGCAUUGCGUAGAAUCAACCCUCGUUUUGGUGUCUAUUUCAGACAGAGGUCACGUGUAAAGCAGUCCUCUUGAAUUUCGAGUUAAUGAACUCGAAGCAUCACGAAUUUGACUACACGUGACCAAGCCAUUGAUCUUUCAAUUACCUCAUGUAAAUCAAAAACUACUGCCUUUACGACUAUUAAGAUAACCCUACCCUAUAAAAAGCUGUUCUUUCACAAGUGGGGAAUUUCUGCUGAUAAAAGAACGGUGUGAGAUAUUUUCAACUGAAUUCCAAACCUAAUUGAAAGUGCCUAAAAUUUAUUUUCUGUAUGGAUUAUUCGAUACAUAAGUUGCUUUCUAAUUAGCUGAAAAUUUAGGAUAUUCACAAUUAGCUUCAAAAGUUCCUAAUCUAAUGAUUGAACCCCUAUUAUCGACAAAUUUCAAACUAUAUUCUAGUUUUACGAAAUUACAAACCUGAAAUUACCUUCGGUUCAAGUUAACAAAAAUUAGGCCUUAAAUUUAGUUUUGAUUCUUGAGUAGAUAUCGAACUGAUGAGGGUAAAUUCAAAAAUAAAAAGACCUGUUAUGAAUUUUUUUCAAAUUUUAGUUUCUAAGACAUAGAGUUUUCUUAGAUUGUGACUAAAUUUUGAUCCUACGGUGUCAAGAACAAAUUGGGGGCCAUUUUUGCGUGGGGCUCGUUCAUAAUGUAUGUGUUUAUGAUUGUGGGGGUCAGGGCCGCCACAACGGUGUUGCUGACAAUAACCCCCCUAGAUCUGUAGGAGAAUAAUGAAUCCUCGAUUACAUUAAUGAUUAUAGCAGGGGGUUAAGAACAGUGUAGACUAUUUUAUUUUAUGUGGGUGAAAAUUUUGUAAAUUUCAAGCAGAUUGUUAUUAUUGUGUAGUGAGAAUUUCAAGAUAAAUGAGAACAGAGAA